AUGGCAGCAACAGCCAUUUCCAACAAUCAUUCCUUUUCUUCCUCAUAUUAUUCCCCUCCUCCUCCCAAUCAUCAUCAUCGCCAACAAAACAAACAUUACCUCAAACACCAAAAUAAAAAAGAAUUAUUUUCCUCUAUUAAUGCAUUACUGCCCAGUCAUAAUCACCAAAAUAAUCACCAAAAGCAACGACAAAAUAAUUGUAGUGGGGGUGUUGGAAGUGGAAAAAAGUCUAGAAUGGAUUAUUCUAAUGCACUCUGUGCUAUUUGUAAUGCUCCAGCUGAUGGUCAAUUAAAUUUAAUUUUUAAUUUAAUAUUAACCAAAAAAUAA